AUGUCCUUCAACGUCAGGAUGAUGCCUUUUCACUUUUGGGCUUUUUGGUCACUUUUCUGCUAUCGAUAUGUCCGGCUUAUUGUUAACCUCUGGGCAUAUCAUCGGCUCAAACCGAUCCCCCCCCAUGGCCCGCUGGCGCCUGCAGACGUAACGGUGGUCGUCCCCUGCCUCAAUAUCAACAGGCAAAAGCUGGCAGAGACCCUUAUGUCGAUUCUCAAUAAUGGACCGCGGAAGCUCAUUUUGGUAACUGUGAAGAAGGAGCAGGGCGUGGCCGAAGAUGUGAUGGGGAUAGUCAGACCCUGUGGGGUUGAACUCCAGGUAGCCACAGUGCAGAAAUAUGGCAAAAGAGAGAAGUUAGUGGCAGGAAUCCCACUUGUCAAAACUAAAAUCACUGUGCUCGCAGAUGGUGAUGUUCUCUGGGAAUCCCCCCAUCUUCUCAAAUGGAUAGUCGCGCCGUUCAAGCAAGAGAAGAUGGGGGGCGUUGGUACAUGUCAGCGUCUUCAGCACGAUCCGGUGCAGAGCAUGUGGCCACGAGUCUGGAGUUUCCUUGGGGCACUGUAUCUUGAGCGAAGGAACUUUGAUUGUGCUGCAACCGCAUAUAUGGAUGGAGGGACACCUUGCAUGUCCGGGCGAACCGCGGCAUAUCGCUCUGAGAUUCUACAGAACCCUGAAUUCCUUGACGCCUUUGGGGCUGAAACUUGGCAAGGCAAACAACUCCACCCUGAUGAUGAUAAUUUCAUCACACGUUGGCUGGAUUCGCAUUCCUGGGGCAUGUGCUUUCAAUAUCAUCGAGAAGCCAUGGUUUUGACAACACUUGAGGAUAAUUGGGGGUAUCUGAAACAAUGUCUCCGUUGGUCUCGAAGCAACUGGAGAAGCAACCUGCGUAGCUUGUUCUGCGAGCGGUUUAUCUGGAGGGCAACAGAGAACGACCCUCUCGCGCAUCGACGGUCAUUGCAGUUGCUACUUUUUUGGAUGUUUCUCGCCAAGGUCAUCAAAUUCUUAGGAUAUUUCAGGCGAAACCCGUCCAAUAUUGCCUUGAUACCAAUUUCCAUUUUGUUUGGCUAUUUUCACGGUUUUCUCAAGGUCUAUGCGGCUUGUACACUUCAUGUUACGUCUUGGGGAAGCCAAGAAAUACCGACAAAAGAGCCAAGACUAAAGAAUAAUAAUACUUCAAAGCAACAAGCUCCUGACGCCUUUGGAUCUUGGCAUUCUUUCAACCCCAAAGAGCGACUCACACCAUGGCGCAGAUAUAUUACUUUCUUCUGGACAAAUGCCUGGCCAGCAGGACAACCGACACUCCAACUACGACUCUUUGGGGUUGGGCUCUGCUUGCUGGCUGAACGGGCUCUGAAUGUUCUGAUGCCAUUGAGGGUUGGGCAGAUGAUGAGCAGACUAAACAAAUCCAGUGGCUUGCCUGAGGAGAUCUAUCAUCUUGCAUUCCUUCACUUCCUUGAGCCCGGAUAUUUAAUCGCGAGUGCUAGGACUCAUCUGCUGCUUCCGCUAGAGCACUAUUGGGACCGCAGAUUGAAAAUUAAUACCUUUGCCAAAGUCAUGAGUCUCCCAAGUGAGUUUCAUGAGGCCUGGGACCCCGCCACCCUGUCGGAUGUGAUAUUGGGUGUCCGCAGUUUCGAGGCCGUUAUAUCGGUAACAACUUUUAUGCUUAUCCCCGUGCUUUUUGAUACUAUUUUGACAUUUACUUCCAUAUACUACCAACUUGGCAGCCGGGCAGCAGUGUCCUUUGCAACGAUCAUGGGCUCCUAUAUUUUCCUCUCAGGAAAGCUCCGGUCCCGACAACACAAUAGAUGGAAGGUCUAUCGUGAUAGAAGCAGAAGGGAAAAGGAGGCUUGUUGUGGCUCUAUUGUUAACUGGCGGACAGUGAUUUGCUUCGGUCGGCUGGAGCAGGAGAUCGCCCGAUUUCAACACAUUGUUGACGCCCGUUUGAAUUCCAGUCAACAUCCCGCCGCUCUCUCAAUUCUGAGGGAAGCCUUAAAAUUCCUUGUUUAUACGGCAGGUCCAGCGGGUUGUGUCAUGAUAACGCGUGACAUUAGUGAGGUUGCGACAAUGUUCAUUUACCUCGCGCGAUUACGACAGCCUCUAGAAAACAUGCAAAGCUUCCUAGAUGCUAUCCACUCGGAGCUUGCGAAGGUCGAUUCACUAAUUGAGAUCUCCGAGAAAGAAACAUCAGUCUAUCAUCGACAGUUGAAGGGAUCGGUAGCUGAUCAGGAAAUCAGCCCCUGGAGCAUUGAGUUCAAAAAUGUGGACUUUUCUUACAAUGAGCAAUUCCAAGUCCUUGGAAGAUUGUCAUUCAGGGUGCCGGGCGGCGAAACUGUUGCAUUUGUUGGAGAGUCUGGCAGUGGAAAAUCAACCAUCCUGGAUCUCCUCCUGCAAGUCCGCUUCCCACAAGGCGGUUCCAUCCAAAUUAACGAACGUGAUAUUUCGAAGAGCCCCAAUGAAGAAAUUACCUUUGUCCCCCAGAAACCUAACUUCUUUAGUGACCGCAGCAUCAUGGAGAAUCUUAAAUACCCCAACUUCAAUGUCGAGGACGCCCAGAUAUAUAAUAUCUGCCGCUCUUUGUUAAUCCACGACCGGAUACAACGAUGCUCCGAAGGCUAUAACACCCGGUACCAAGAUGCUAUGUUCUCGGGCGGAGAGCAGCAACGACUGGCCAUCGCUCGUGCUUUGACCCGGGAUGCGCGGAUUUUCCUUCUGGAUGAACUUACAAACAGCCAGGAUAACAAAACGGCCUCUUGUAUCUUGAAUGUGCUGAAAUCACGCGCUAAUGGUCGGACCACCAUUUUAGUUUCGCACAAUCUCAGGGAGAUUAAGAACGUUCAUCGGAUCUUCUUUCUCAAUGAAGGGAGAGUGGUUGAGCCACCGCAACCAUGA